AUGAGUACGACGACUAGGAAGUAUAUAACGGCUGACGAAGAAGUCGGAGCCAUACCCAACGGUUGGGAUGUACAGUGUGUGGGAGAAGCGAAUCGUAUUGCCUUCUACCCCAUGAACGAUGAAAAUGGCACUUUUGAGCAUCCCGUCUUCGGCUUGCUCCCUCAACCCUGGGAACUCCGGAAGACAAUAGGAGCACUGCAUUACCAUUACUUCAACACGUCCAUCAACGAGGCCUCUGAUCAUGGGCCACGCAGGGUGCUUCGGCCCGCAAGCCCACCCUCUGGAGCUAUAAACACCCGGCCGGCAGGCAUGGGAGAACUCGAACGAAACGUCAUAGCCCAACAUCCACUCCACGGCGAGUACACCCGGCUGAAGACCCUCGAUACCGGCACCGGCGACAUCGGGGGGAUGAACGGCGGGAUCUACGUCGUCGGGAGCAGUACGACCGGGCAACUCUAUGUCGAGAAGCGCUACAAGACGACCAGCCCCUUCAUGCAGGAACUCGUCAAGUCCGAGAUAUACCAGACAAGACAGCUUGUUCACCACGCCAUCAUCCACUACGUCGACGCGUACAUCGAGUACAACCCCUUCAGGGCCUCGCUCUACAUGGAAUACUGCGAUCGCGGAACGUUGAAGGAUCUCAUCGUCAAGUACAAAAAGAAGAAGAAGGCUUCCAAGCAAGACAGGAUACCCGAGAGCUUCCUCUGGCACACGCUCAUAUCGUUAGCGGACGCCCUCGCGUACCUCAAGACAGGCCGGAGUUUCGCAGCCCCCGAACUCGAUAAGCCCGACCCCACGACGUGGAAGCCCAUCGUCCAUCGCGAUAUCAAGCCAGGCAACGUCUUCUUGCGCUCGCGCGACUCGCCUACCUCGCAGAAGCCGUUUUAUGUGCUGCUGUCCGACUUCGGGCUCAUGGACUACGAGUCGCAGGACCAAGGGGGCGGCCCCGAGGGCGCGUGCGGAACAGCCGAGUAUCACGCGCCCGAACUGACCUUUGAUCCAUACCCCAGUGAGGAGCAGCGGCAUUUCCAGGCACGCCCGCACACGGGCCGAUCCGACGUCUGGGCUGUAGCUUGCACGCUGCUCUGCAUGUGUGAGCGCGACGACCUGCCGCAUAUGGACCGCGAGUGCUGGCCGUUGCGCAGCCGGAAGGCCCUGGGCCGCAUCGCGAAGCUGGAGUCCCUGGACAUCACCGACGUCGGGAUCUACUCGGAGUACCUGGCGAGGACCAUCUCGUGGGCUGCCUCGAGUGAUCCGGCAACGCGGCCUGAUGGUGAAGAGCUGAUCAAGGAGGUGCUGGCUCAGUGGGAUUUGUGGAGGUCGGAUCCGAGUUGGAAGGAGCACGUUGAUGUGGGAGGGAUGCUGCCUUCGUGGGCUACUAGAAAGCGCACCGUCACGUUUACGCCUUUGCCGUUACCCUGA